AUGGCUAGAGGCAAGCACAACGGACAAGCAGACCAUAAGAUUUAUACUCUCUCUUUCUCAAAACUAAAGCCGGGAACAAAAAAAUAUUUAGAUCUUGUUAAAUCUGGGAAGGUCUGGGAGAACUAUUUUCGCCCGUUUGAAUGGCGUGCACAGGAUUACGACUUUUGCGCAAAACAUUCUGGUUUUCUGGAUGAGAUGUCUACUAUCAAAAAUACUAUCGAGAUUCCGGCUGAAGAACUUCAACGAAGUGCAGAGUCACAAAUUAUUUGGAACAAUAACUAUAGCAUUGCCGAUUUGCAACAUGAGGAGGCACAAUUACCCGAGCCGAAAUCUCUUCUUGAUAAGCCUGGAAAGGAAAUUGAAGUUGUUGAGAUCCGUAACCACCUGAUUGCAACUCAUUACAUAUACAAUACCUUGCUAAGUCAGAACAAGAAAUAA